AUGCAUGUUGAUUAUGGAUCUGACUGUAAUAGGACUGGGAUUCUGUCUUCAAUUACUAAGCUGUUUACUGCAGUCACUGGGCCCAAAUAUGAUGGGAAGUAUCUGCACCUCAAAGUACGAGAAUUACUUGGUGAAUCAAGGCUUCAUCAAGCUCUAACUAACAUAGUUAUUCCAGCUUUUGAUAUUAAGUUUCUUCAGCCCACCGUCUUUUCCACCUUUGAGGCAAGGAAUACACCUCUGAAAAAUCCUCUUCUAUCUGAUAUAUGCAUUAGCACAUCUGCAGCUCCAACCUAUCUUCCUGCCCACUACUUUGAAACAAAAGAUGCCCAAGGAAACAAACAAAGCUUUAAUCUUGUCGACGGAGGGGUUGCAGCAAAUAAUCCGACAUUAGCAGCGAUGAGCCAAAUUGCAAAGGAGGUCUGUGUGGAAAACAAAGACUUCCAUUCCAUCAAACCAGUGGACUAUAGCAAAUUCCUUGUAAUCUCUCUUGGGACAGGAUCAGCAAAGUUGGAAGAGAAGUUCACUGCACAGGAGGCAUCCAAAUGGGGUGUACUAGGAUGGUUGUACGACAGUGGUGAUACGCCAUUGAUCAACGCUUUUACUCAAGCCAGUGCCGAUAUGGUUGAUAUCCAUUUAUGUGCAAUGUUCCAAGCGCUCGCUUGCAGGGAAAACUAUCUUCGCAUACAGGAUGACAACUUGAUUGGAAGCACAUCAUCUGUGGACGUCUCAACAAAGGAGAACUUGCUAAAGCUUGUGCAAAUUGGGAGUGAUCUUCUCAAGAAGCAUGUGUCGAGGGUGAACUUGGAGACUGGCUUGUUUGAGGAGGUCAAAGGGGACGUAACCAAUGAAGAAGCGCUCACACGUUUAGCCAAGCGUCUCUCUGAUGAAAGACGGUUGAGGUUUGGGGAGAUGCGUGACAACUGAUAGCAUGGCUUAGCCCUGCUUUGCAAUGGUUUUUAACCCACAAUAUGUUUCCGUUACCAAGGUGUAAUUUUAAGUUUGCUUGGAGCACAAUAACCUCCUAAUCCUGCGACAGCUGUGUGUUUAUGUCGAAAGGAGAGGGGAGGGGGAGGAUGGAAUGUCUAAGACUGUGAUUUGUUGGACUAGAUAAAAGGCUAUCGAUCACUGGAGAAUAAUUAUGGGAAUUUCUCAGAGUAUUCAUCAUUAGGAAAAAGCUGUAAGUUUGAACAAGUUCAAUAAAUUUGCCAGUAAUGUAGUAGGAAACCUCA